UUCCCUUCAACUCCCUUUCACUCUAUCCACUAACAUUGCUGAUAUUGGCAUCCUUUCUUCCCCCACCUGCAUCCUCUAUUUCUUCUACUCCGAUCAUUUAAUACAACUGUGGCAAUCUUUGUAUUUGUCACAAUAUUAUUAUAUAUUAUUACAGCGAUUGGCAUGGAGAUUUUUUACAAGCUUCCACCACGCACACGCCGAUCUUUUCUUGCAGGUGUUAUCAGACAUUUGAGUUUUCAUAAACAGUUGGAUCAUUGAUUGUAGACGUUUAUUCAUAUCUCCUAUAUAUCUCAGCCACCUCACUUUCUGCUUGCUCAUACUCAAUUAUCUCCUCAUCAAGUGUUGCUUGGCUUUAUCUCAAUGUCUUUCCCAAUAUUCAGCUCUACAACAUUUUCUAUGUCGGCAUCCGGGCCUCUAUCCUCGGCAACCUGGACAACUCCUGCAUUAAAUACGCAAGCAGCCCAGCAACAACAACAACAGCAGCAGCAACAGCAGCAUCAUCACCAACAACAGCAACCACAGCAGCAUUAUCAGCAACAGCAUCCCCAACAAGUGUCCUACCAGCAGCAUGAGCUCCCUAUAGAUAAGACUGGUACUAAUGCACGGUUGGAUAAAGGACUUCCUGGUGUUUCCCCGGUUGCUGAUUCGGGAACCCUCGGUUUUAAUGCUCGAUCUGCAGCCACAUCUGGUGUCAUAGGUCCAGAAACGAUGUUUCAUAUGGACCGUAUGGACCAUUCUUCUGCUGUACACCUCGAAGGCGCUCGCGGGGCACCUCGGACACAGGUGGAAUUUUCUCUUCCACAUCUCCCAGGCAAGGCUCGCAAGAGACACAAGGUCGCGACAUCUUGCAAUCGAUGUCGUCAAAACAAGCGCAAAUGUGAUAGUGGGAUACCCUGCUCCAACUGUAAAAAAAACAAUGUCGACUGCUUAUACACAGAUGCGCAGCUCUCACGUACCAUAUGGGGUGACUCGCCUCUUAGUCAAGAAAAGCUCUUGGGUGUCCCUGCCAAUAGACCCAGUGCAUCCAAAGGAGGUGCAAUCUUGCCUUCCUAUGCAUUAGCUUCUUCUGGUCCUCAUCCAUUGUUUUUUGGCUAUAAUUCAGCUGAGCAGAUGGGUUUCCAGAGAGCUCAGCAGGUCUUGUCAUCACAAUCAAGACAGGUCUCUAAAGCAUUGCGUGUUGCUCAUCCUGGCCCCCGAAGCACUGUACGGCUCUUUCCGAAGCAAGCACAAUCUACAGCUGCUGCAGAUGGGAACAGCGAACGCUCUGGUCAGUCCCGAGGAAGAGGAUCUAGUCAAUUGAGUUUCAUAUCCUCCAUUAGAAAUUCAUGGAUCCUUGGCGGCAGCAGUUCUACAAGUGGAUCGCAACAGCAUUCUGCACCUCCAGAACAGCAGCCUCGAACAUCUUGGCAACAGGAUUCGGCGAAUCACUCAAUCUCAUCAUCAGUUAUGCAUUCACAAUCUCAAGAAACACAAAGACUGAUGCAGCAGGAACAACAGCGACAGCAACAGCAACAGCAGCAGCAGCAGCAUCAAUCUUAUGAGGUCUUGGAUAAAGAGAGUAGGCGAGGGCUGCAGAAUGAAUGUGAAUAUCAGCACAACGAGAGAAGCUCUGAGCAAUCAUGUUACACCAAAUCUCCUCCGGAUUCACAGCCCAAGAGCCCCAAUCUAUUUCAAGCCACGUACCCCAGUUACGAUGGUCUUGCUCUCGGGUUAUCUUCUGGAUAUUCUUCAAGCGGGGUAAUCAAUUCAUCCACUACGCCAGCUUCCGCCGCUUCUGAGUCAACUAGGCUCCUCAUUUCGACCGGCGCCAGCGCAGGGGGGGCAUCAAAUCAUGUCGCCACAACACCACACUAUACCCAGCAGCAACAACAGCAACAACAGCAACAGCAGCAGCAACAGCACCCGCGUCGCGACCCUGAUAUACAACAUUAUCACCGGCACUCGCGUCAGAAUGGGUAUGAUCCAGCAUUUGAGGAUGCAUUCCAACAACUGAUGCCUGAAGGAGUCGAUGAUUCGCGCCAUAACGCUAUCUAUGCGUCUGCAGCCCCACCUUCUGUCGUUGGAUCAUCAACUUCUUUAGAAGGUGCUGCAAACCUGGAGGGCACCAAUGAGAUUCCUGCGCUAUAUCCAGGAGUCCAUCGUUUUUACCGCUCCCAUCACAGUCAUCCUUCCAUGCAACCGCCUUUUACUUCACUAGAAGAGGAGGUGGUCAUGCCUCCACCGACAGAGGAGGAGAUCAAACAAGCAUUGAGGAUGCAAAAGAUCGCACGAGAUAUGCUUGCAAUCAAAAAGUAUGAUUUUAGCAUUUUGCUCCCACGCCACAUUUCACAGGAGCAGGACGAGUUUUUUAUUGCCAGUGAUAUAUUGCAGUCAACAGCAACUCUAACAAACGGCGGCGAUGGCCUGAAAGAAAUACCCAGUCAUUUAACGUUGUUGCCAAGGGAUGCCAACUAUCUGGUUGACGCGUUCUUUGAGCAUGCUCAUUUCUAUUAUCCAGUGGUGAACCGUGCAAUUGUAGAGUUGCAUCUGAUGGAGCCGCAAACUCCUCAGGCAUUGUUUUUGUUGAACAUUGUUUUUAUGACGGCUUGUAAGCAUCUGGCAAGGACAAGCGACAUCAAGCGCGCCAUUCAGUUUAGAGAACGAGCAAGAGAGCUGCAAUUCUAUAUUGACGCCAAGGUCCGUCUAAGUAGGAUGCAGGGCCUUCUCCUCGGCUCUUUAGUUAUUUAUGGUGUAUUCAAAGCAGUCGUAGGUCUAGUACAAGUCUGUGGUGCCUACCAUACACUAACCACCAGACAUGCUGGCACACCAGGAGAAGAGGACCAACAGCAGGAAGAAAGUGAGAGAUUUCAGCCGUUCCCUCAAGCAUCUGUAUCACCAAAAAAUAUCAUCCCAAAUCUUCAGGCAGAGAGUCAAGCUAUCCAGUCUAACAAGGGUAUCAUUCCUGAGGCCGCAUAUCAAGCAAGGCUCUGGGCAUUUUGGGGCCUCUAUGUGCGUGAUUCGAUUUCUAGGCUCUACUUCGGAUGGCCACAUGGAAUCGACUCGAUGGCCAUCACGGCUGAGCUACCGAAGAUUGAGGGCUGCAUUGGGUUUGGUGGAAAGCCAAAACCAAGCCAUCACCAGCAGCAGCAACAACAACAACAACAACAACAGCAGCAGCAUCAACAGCAUGUCAUCGGAAAGCGAAGGGAUUUAUCUUACAGACGAGACUGGAAACAGCCACCGGAGAAGAGACACAAUGCAGCAAACCCGCCACCAGGUUAUCGUAACACAGCACCUGAUAGCGAUGAAGAAGACGAUGAAGAUAAUGAAGAGGAUGCUCAAGGAAGCCAUUGGGACAAUAAGAGAGGUACUUUCGGAUACAUUCUUGAUGACACCGACGAUGAUCCGGUUGACCAAAAUCGAGAGCAGAGUGCGCGGGUUCCGUUACUGUCUGGAGUGGGUGGGCCUAGAAGCGUUGCCAGUGGAUAUAGUCUUCCAGGCAGAAUCCGAGAAAGUAUCGGCGGACCUCAUCAACAGUUCCAAGUACUCUCACCCAAAAUUUUAGAGCAGCAGUGCCAGCGUGGUGGUCAUCUUAACCAUUUACGUUAUCCUGCUGGCAACACAGGAUCCACAUCAUCAUUAGUCGCUCCGGAGGAGCAAGAGCUCAGCAUUCACAUGGAACGUAUGCAAAAACUGUUAGAUGCAGAAGAAGAUACCACGGACGGUGGCUCAUACGCUCGCUUACUAUUUUUGGAAGAGAUUCGACUAUGGACAUUAGGCCGCCGUGUCGCAUACUACCUCGCGGGUCGCGUAAAUCUCAUAGGCGUCCCAGCAUCAGGUUCAGCAUGCCAGACACCUAUAGCUACGAAUAGCUCCACAACUUCUUCACCUCGAUACGAAGCAGAUGCGGAGGCAACAGCAGCGACACCAACCCCUGUAGGUAAUGGAGACGAGAGUAACAAUAAUCUGGGAGUUCAAAGUCAAUGGUCUGAACAAGCAUGGCGUAAGGAUGGAGAACUACAGAGUUUACAGGCAGACUUGAUUGCCUGGGAGAAGGCGUUGCCGGAUUAUAUGAGAUUCCGGCAAGACGUAGAUAGUGAGGACGUUAACCACAAGGUGAAUGGCAAGAUGGGCACCAUGAUCAUGUCCUAUUAUACUAUUACCAUUAUGUUACAAUCAUCGUAUCUGCCUAUUCAACAAUACAUUUCAUCUCGCAGCAAUACUUCAUCUCAUGCAUCGCCCGUCAAGGCCAGCACAUCAAGAGAUGGUAGUGGUAAUAGUAGCACCAAUGUCAAGAGCCAUAGCCCACAGCCUGCAACCGAAGAACCUAUAACUGCAUCGUCAUCGCCGUCUUUUUCUGCAGCUGGACCGUUUAUCUCAUUUGGUACACAACCAAACCCAUCAACACAACGUCAGUGCACUCACGAUCCAGAGUUUUUUAAUACAGCCCAUCAAAUCUGCACGCAACUCUCGAAUGUACUCCUUCACCAUUUGGAGUUGAUGUUGGAUUCAUAUCCAAACUGGUGUUCAAUUCAAGCCAAGGUCAAUCAUGCGAUCACGGCCGCCUUGCGUGUCUCGUGUUUGAAUGCAAAGCUGAAUAGCAACUCUAGUCCGGCACGAGAAGAGGCCAAGGCUGGGUUCAAAAUGGGGUCUGAUCUAUUCAAGCGACUGGCAUUAUUACCAUAUCCACUCACAAUUCGCGAUUGGCCUGUGGAAGAAGAUGUACAGAUGAUGAAGCAGAUCGAAGAGGAGUUUAAAGAGAUGAUGAUGACUCAGGAAGAGCAACAAGCUAUUCUCCCUUCUUCUUCACUCUCACACACUUUAAGAGAAAGUGGCAGUAUUAGGAGCAGCAAUACCUCUUCUGGAGGCAGCGGGACCACAGGAACACACGUACCAUUAGAGGUAGAGAGUUAUUCUAGCGCCCCUGCAGAGGGCGAGACACUUGUGCAAAGUCAAAAACGAGGGUUAAUUGCACGACAACAUAUCUUUGGCGCAGAAGGGGAAGCGAAGUAUCGGUUUGAAUUCAUUCAGACAUGAAGAAGCUGUAAAUAUCUACAUAUAAAUAAAUGCAUUUCUAUUUACUAGU